UCCAUGAAGAGCUUGAAGAAGUUCGUGGCCGAGGAGAGUUGGAAAAAGGGCGUGGAGUCGACGAGCCAGAUGGCUCCCUUGCCGGCCGCGGCGGUCGAGGGAUGGAACCAUCGCCAGUUUACGCCCGCUUUGGCAGUGAAGAAUGUCAACUUGUUCUUGACGAGGCUUCCGCUGAUGUACAGUCAGGCGUCGACGCCCCUGGUCGAUCAAGACGGCUUGUUCGCCAUCGGUGCAAAGCGAAAGAUCAAGUGGACAGAGGUGGUAUGCCGAGCGAUUAUGUAUUUCGACACAAAGCUCACAGGGCAGAGCCCAUCCGUGUACAGCCUGAGCGUUUUUUCUGCCUUGGCAGAGCUGCACCCAAGCAGACCAAAUGGGUUGACUUCUGUGAAGAAGUUUGUACAGAAUGUCGACACGAUAGCUGCGCCCUGGAUCCCCCUCUCGUGA